AUGAAGCGAAAUAGCUUGAAAAUCUGCAGCCGCUGCAUUAGUCGAGACAGGAAGAAAGGCCCCAACGAGCCCUACUUCUUUAGCGCUGCGAACAACCUUGACUUCGGGGAAGUCCCCGGCAAUCUACCUGAUCUAACGAUGGUCGAGGAGAUGCUCAUUGCUAGAGUUCACGUACAUGUGAAGGUCCUGCAGCGCCACCACCGGGGCUAUCGCGAUAUCGUCGUCCCCAAAGGCCCCGUCGAGGAGGCUGUGGAAGAGGAUCCUAGCGAUGCCGAUGCAUCAGCGAUCCCGAAUUUGCAGGUUACCGAUACCGAAUUGAACGCUCUGCAGUCCCGAUUUCUUGAUGUUCGCAGGACCCCCAUCGACGAAUUCAACCGUUCCCAGCCGCUGCUAACGCUUGCAUUCCCUACCCUCUACCCUGACGGCAAGGCCGACUUCGUGGAGCCUCGUUUACGGAGCAUCACGUUCCAGGACUACCUUGCCCAUGCGAUGAGAUGGCAUGACGGACGUUUCGCCCGCCAUAAGACGUGGCCUUUCGUCGCCCUCAACACGCUGUUACAGGAAGCAAUGGCUGAGCCUGACGAGCCGGAGGCUCAGGUCCUGAUCCAGUCGAUCACGCGCCAAGCCGCAGAGUUGGAAGCAUAUGCCUAUAAUCUAGGCAAGCCCGGCCUUUUCGCUACUGCAAGUGCAGCCGAUUACCACUGGGAAUCCCUAUACCGCCAUAUGCCUCGAUUUGACGAGUGGCAAACAGCUCCUGAGGCGGCGCGGAUGGCUAUUGUCUUGAAGCAGAAGUUCAACCUAACGGACUCUUGGGGCCGCUACGAGUGGGGCGAGCGGAACGAUGGCCAGAUUAACCACUACAACCGCUUGCUUACCGUUGCGUGGCUAGCCAAUACAGAUGUUUCGCCUUGCACGAGUCUACAGCAGGUAAUCGAUUACGCGGCCAAAUACUGCUCCAAGUCGGAAAAGAAGAGCGAGUCUUUUGCCCAGAUUGGGAAGGCCCUGAUGCCCCGGGUCAAGGACCACAACCCCUUGAUUUCCUUCACGUCAAAGCUCCUCAAUCAGCUGGUUGCGGAGCGGGAUUACUCGAAGCAGGAGGUCAGCCACUUGCUCCUCGGCCUGCCGUUACAGGAAGGGCAUUCCCGCUCCCUCCGUAUUGACGGCGAUGAGGUGGACGAGGCCCCCAACGUUUACGAAAAGUACACUCAACGCCCGGAAGCCCUAGCGGACCUAAGCUACGUCUCCUUCCUGAAAUGCUGGAAUUUCCGCCCUAGGGACCCUUCAAAGUGGAAGCAAUGGCAGCCAGGCAACAUUAACGGCAGGCCUCGAGUGCUGGUUUACUUUCCUCGCUAUCAGGCUGAUCCAGAAGGUCAACAGUGGUCAGAUUACUGUCGUGAAGAUCUUGACCUACUUGGCCGCCGCGAUAUCGACAUCAAUUACGACUGGACACAGCAUGUGGGUACUUAUCCGGAACUCCGAGACGGCUACUGGAAAGACCUUAUCGCUAGCCACCCCAUGGCCAACGAUGUGGAGGUCCUUGGCCCUCACUGGCGUAAUACGCUGAAUACGCAACAACGGCUCGUGUACGACACAUUCAUGGGCCACUUCCAGGCGCAAAAUCCUGCUCAAAUCCUUCUCCACGUUGAUGGUGGUGGUGGCACAGCCGCCCUACCGAAUCCUAGCCCUAUAUGCCGCGUGGCGCCAACAGGCGUUGCGAGUAACCAGAUACAGGGCAGCACCAUUCAUUCGUUGCUGCGCCUCCCAGUAGGCGGUACUUUCACCGACCUUCCCCCGGCCGACGCAGCCGCCCUUCAGUCCCGCCUACGGCACAUCAAAUACCUCGUUAUCGAUGAAAAGAGCAUGCUAGGGCUUGAGCAGCUCGCGCGGAUCGAUUCCCGUUUGCGACAAGCCUUUCCACAGCGUAACCUCGAGUUCUUUGGUGGUCGCCAGGCUGGUGAUGAUCAGGCCCAGUUCCGUCAGGCGUUGCAGGAACUGCGUGAUGUAAAGUUAUCUAUACCAUCCUGGAACCUCCUUAGCAAUCGGGUACAGGCACGGGUCAACCAAUACAACCACGAGCAUAUGGUGCAUCUCAACGCCCCGGCAAUACAAGUGGAGGCAAAGAAUCACGGCAACGGCGCUGGGCAGGCACCAAGCAACAAUGCUGGCAAUCUAUCUAACAAGUUCCCUGUUGCUAAGGGCACCAGGGUGAUGCUCACGACUAAUCUGUGGCAAUCAGCUGGCCUAGUUAACGGUGCUCAGGGAAAAUCUCACCCCAUCCUGCCAGUCAGGCGGGACUUCCUUGUGGGCAACGAGACCUGCGCUCGCACGCAGUUUCCCCUAAUCGUGGCGUUUGCUAUUACUGUUCACAAAUGCCAGAGCCUAACAAAGGAUAAAAUAGUUACUGAUCUCGCUACACGCGACUUCCAGGCCGGUAUUAGCUAUGUUGCCGUCUCACGGGUUACCUCGCUCCAAGGCUUACUCCUUGAGGCGCCGUUCGAUCGUCAGAGCCUCUAUAACCACACGCCGACGGAAGGGAUGAAGAUGCGCCUCGCUGACCAACAACGGCGUCAGGGUCAACAGCUGAGCGAUCCACUGUAUCCACCACUCUACCGUGACUAA